AUGGCGGGCAAGAUGGUGCUGUACAAGCUGGUGGUACUAGGGGAUGGAGGCGUUGGGAAGACGGCACUGACCAUACAAUUAACUCUGCAACACUUCGUUGAGACUUACGAUCCCACCAUCGAAGACUCGUACAGAAAGCAAGUGGUGAUAGACGGCCAGUCUUGCAUGCUGGAGGUCCUUGAUACUGCCGGCCAGGAGGAAUAUACCGCUCUGCGAGACCAAUGGAUUCGUGACGGCGAAGGCUUUGUACUGGUCUACAGCAUCUCGUCGAGGUCAUCAUUCACCCGCAUUACCAGAUUUCACAACCAGAUCCAACGGGUCAAGGAGUCAUCGGCAUCCUCACCGUCGUAUCCAGGGUCCCCAUUAUCAUCCGCAGCACCGUCUGCCCCCGUUCCCAUAAUGCUCGUGGGAAACAAGAGCGACAGGGUCACGGAGCGAGAGGUUUCUACACAGGAGGGACAUGCGCUGGCGCGGGAAUUGGGAUGUGAGUUCGUCGAGGCUUCAGCCAAGAAUUGCAUCAACGUGGAGAAGGCCUUCUACGACGUGGUCCGACAGUUGCGUCGGCAACGCAUGCAGAACAGCAUGAGGGCGCCAUCAGGAAAUGGCAAGGGGCAAAGGAUGGGAUCUGGAGACGGGAUGAUGAUUCGAGAUAACGACCGAAAAUACCGCUCGCGGAAGGAUAAAAACCGCUGUACCAUGUUAUGA